GGGUACGGGUAAGCGUCUUGCCACCCACCCGCGGCCGCUUUUCCAGGGGCGGCCCUAGGGGAGAAGGAAUUUUCCUAAUUUGGGGGCUUCCACCCUUUGGUGCCACUUGGGCGGGAGGGUCGCGGGCCUCCCGAGGGCGAGUCACCCCCGGCCCCAAGUCCGUAUGCGUCUCUCUCAGAACCCGAUCCUCCGGUGUCUGCAGCCUCUCCUGGCUGCGGAGCUGGUUCCCAGCCCCCUGCAACCCAGUACCGACUUCCCACCCUGACAUAAAAUUAUUCGAAAACAAGCCCCCUGCUCACCCCAUUAACAACAACAACAAAACUGUAUUAUGCCCUAACUGUAGCAUAAAGAGGAAAUAGAAGGAAAGCAAUAAGUAAGAAAGUACAUAUUUCAAUCUGAAAAUGCUUGGCACUACUACCCUUGGAAAAUGUAGAGAAGUAGCCAGUAGCCGCGCCUGGGGAGUCGCCUGAACGUGACGGCAGCAAAUGCAGAUUGUUGGGUCUCCGGGACCAGGAGCAGCGUGGCCAGUGAAGCGCGUGGUUUUCCCAAAUGGUGAACAAUUCUUGUUAUCUGUGGCCACAAGGAAAGUUAUUUGUCUCUGUCUUGGCAAGGCUGGGAGGAAAGUUUUAGCUAAGAACCUCAGCCCAUUGGAGACCAUGGAUAAGUACGAUGUGAUUAAGGCCAUCGGGCAAGGUGCCUUCGGGAAAGCAUACUUAGCUAAAGGGAAAUCAGAUAGCAAGCACUGUGUCAUAAAAGAGAUCAAUUUUGAAAAGAUGCCCAUACAAGAAAAAGAAGCUUCAAAGAAAGAAGUGAUUCUUCUGGAAAAGAUGAAACAUCCCAACAUUGUAGCCUUCUUCAGUUCAUUUCAAGAGAAUGGCAGGCUGUUUAUUGUAAUGGAAUAUUGUGAUGGAGGGGAUCUCAUGAAAAGGAUCAAUAGACAACGGGGUGUGUUAUUUAGUGAAGAUCAGAUCCUCGGUUGGUUUGUACAGAUUUCUCUAGGACUAAAACAUAUUCAUGACAGGAAGAUAUUACACAGGGACAUAAAAGCUCAGAACAUUUUUCUUAGCAAGAACGGAAUGGUGGCAAAGCUUGGGGACUUUGGUAUAGCAAGAGUCCUGAAUAAUUCCAUGGAACUUGCUCGAACUUGUAUUGGAACACCUUACUACCUGUCCCCAGAGAUCUGUCAGAAUAAGCCCUACAACAAUAAAACGGAUAUUUGGUCUCUUGGCUGUGUCUUAUAUGAGCUCUGCACACUUAAACAUCCUUUUGAGGGUAACAACUUACAGCAGCUGGUUCUGAAGAUUUGUCAAGCACAUUUUGCCCCAAUAUCUCCAGGGUUUUCUCGUGAGCUACAUUCCUUGAUAUCUCAGCUCUUUCAAGUAUCUCCUCGAGACCGACCAUCCAUAAAUUCCAUUUUGAAAAGGCCCUUUUUAGAGAAUCUUAUUCCCAAAUAUUUGACUCCUGAGGUCAUUCAGGAAGAAUUCAGUCACAUGCUUAUAUGCAGAGCAGGAGCGCCAGCUUCUCGACAUGCUGGGAAGGUGGUCCAGAAGUGUAAAAUACAAAAAGUGAGAUUCCAGGGAAAGUGCCCACCAAGAUCAAGGAUAUCUGUGCCAAUUAAAAGGAAUGCUAUAUUGCAUAGAAAUGAAUGGAGACCACCAGCUGGAGCCCAGAAGGCCAGAUCUAUAAAAAUGAUAGAAAGACCCAAACUUGCUGCUGUCUGUGGACAUUAUGAUUAUUAUUAUGCUCAACUUGAUAUGCUGAGGAGGAGAGCCCACAAACCAAGUUAUCACCCUAUUCCUCAAGAAAAUACUGGCGUUGAGGAUUAUGGUCAGGAAACGAGGCAUGGUCCAUCCCCAAGUCAAUGGCCUGCUGAGUACCUUCAGAGAAAAUUUGAAGCUCAACAAUAUAAGUUGAAAGUGGAGAAGCAAUUGGGUCUUCGUCCAUCUUCUGCCGAGCCAAAUUACAACCAGAGACAAGAGCUAAGAAGUAAUGGAGAAGAGCCUAGAUUCCAGGAGCUGCCAUUUAGGAAAAAAGAAAUGAAGGAACAGGAAUAUUGGAAGCAGUUAGAGGAAAUACGCCAACAGUACCACAAUGACAUGAAAGAAAUUAGAAAGAAGAUGGGGAGAGAACCAGAGGAGAACUCAAAAAUAAGUCAUAAAACCUAUUUGGUGAAGAAGAGUAACCUGCCUGUCCAUCAAGAUGCAUCUGAGGGAGAAGCACCUGUGCAGGACAUUGAAAAAGACUUGAAACAAAUGAGGCUUCAGAACACAAAGGAAAGUAAAAAUCCAGAACAGAAAUAUAAAGCUAAGAAGGGGGUAAAAUUUGAAAUUAAUUUAGACAAAUGUAUUUCUGAUGAAAACAUCCUCCAAGAGGAAGAGGCAAUGGAUAUACUAAAUGAAACUUUGACCUUUGAGGAUGGCAUGAAGUUUAAGGAAUAUGAAUGUGUAAAGGAGCAUGGAGAUUAUACAGACAAAGCAUUUGAAAAACUUCACUGCCCAGAAGCAGGGUUUUCCACGCAGACUGUAGCUGCUGUGGGAAACAGGAGGCAGUGGGAUGGAGGAGCGCCUCAGACUCUGCUGCAGAUGAUGGCAGUGGCCGACAUCACCUCCACCUGCCCCACGGGGCCUGACAAUGGCCAAGUUAUUGUGAUUGAAGGCAUUCCAGGAAACAGGAAACAGUGGCGGCAUGAAGCUCCAGGAACUUUAAUGAGUGUUUUGGCAGCAGCACAUCUAACGAGUAGCUCAUUUUCUGCCGAUGAAGAAUUUGCAAUGGGAACAUUAAAACAAUGGCUACCCAAAGAAGAAGAUGAAGGGAAGGUAGAAAUGGUCUCUGGCAUUGAAGUAGGUGAGGAACAACUAGAACCAAGAUCUGAUGAUGAUGAUACAAAUUUUGAAGAAUCUGAAGAUGAGUUGAGAGAUGAAGUAGUAGAAUACUUAGAAAAACUCGCUACUUUCAAAGGGGAAGAAAAAACAGAAGAGGCCUCCAGUACCUCUAAGGACUCUAGAAAGUCAAGAGAAAGAGAGGGGAUAAGUAUGCAGAAAUCUGAAGAAUUAAGGGAGGGCUUGGAGAAUAUUUCUACUACAUCUAAUGACCACAUUUGUAUUACUGAUGAAGACCAAGGAACAUCAACAACCAGUCAAAAUAUACAAGUGUGAUUAUUGUACUUUUUCUUAAGUAAUAAGUUAGUGUCUAUUACCUAUAGUAUUUAUUUGGGUACAAGUCAUAAAUGCUCAUUUACUGUAAGGGUUUUCUAGUAAUCUCAAGGAUUUAUUAAUUUUUCUUUCAAUUUAGGAAGUAGAACUUUUGAAUAUAGACAUUAAUAUUUUUACUUUAAAGUUUCUAUUAAGAAAUCUUAGGCCAGGCAGUCUCAUCACUUUGGGAGGCCAAGGCAGGCAGAUCAUGAGGUCAGGAGUUUGAGACCAGUCCAACCAACAUGGUGAAACCCCGUCUCUACUAAAAAUACAAAAUUAGCUGGGCAUGGUGGUGCAUGCCUGUAAUCCCAGUUACCUGGGAGGCUGAGGCAGGAGAAUCACCUGAACCCAGGAGAUGGAAGUUGCAAGUGAGCCGAGAUUGUGCCACUGCACUCCAGCCUGGGCAAUAAGAGCGAAACUCUGUCUCAAAAAAAGAAAAAAAAAAAAAGCUUUCAGCUAAUAUAUGUGGUAGGCAGAGUAAUGUGGCUCAACGCCCCCUCCAAAACAUGUCCCAUCCUAAUCCCCACAGUUUGCGAAUACGGCAAAGGAGAAUUAAGGUUGCAGGUGAAAUUGUUUGCUCAUCAGCUGACCUUAAAAUAGGGAGGUUAUCUUGGUUUAUCCACCUGGGUGCAGUGUAAUCACAAGGGUCCUUACAAGUGGAAGAGGAAGACAAAAGAGAAAA